CACAUAGGUGUGGUAUAAUAAUGCCCGGCGCAGUUACACUGUGGGAGAAUCAAUCUUCAAGUCUAUUCUUUCAGUCACUCGCUUCUACAAGAGCAAGUUCGCCUUCAUUGAUUGUCGGCCGAAAAUUCAACUCCUUUGUGACAUUGGCACCUCGACCCGCGAAACGCACCGCAAUCGGUCUCACCUACUUCGCAUAUCAACAUCCUGUUUUUCUGAGCCUUUUGUUACUGUUUAGCUGCAUCCAAGAUGGUGCUACUCCCCACCCUUCUGAGCGCAUGCCUGGCCAUCGUUGCCACGACUACAGCAGCUCCCGCAGGAACAUGCGCAGCACCAAAGCCUCCAACAGAUUCAGACACUCCCACUCCAGGUCAUGAGAUGACUGGGAUUCCUAUGCCGGAUGAUUUCCACCGCUUCCAGAGAAGUUAUCAAAAGAACAUUCGUGCCUCGUUGCCCUCGGGCAAUUGCACAAAGAAGACUAUCGGAAAGAGGCGGUCAUGGGACGAACUUGACGACGCAACACGUAUCGAUUACCUUCGCGCUGUGAACUGCUUGGCUGCAAAGCCGGCUCUGACGGAUAAGAACCUCGCACCUGGCGCCGUAAACCGACUUGAUGAUUUCACCUACAUCCACAUCAAUCAGACAAACAUCAUUCAUGGAUCGGGCUAUCUUCUGCCUUGGCACCGCAUGUUCCUCUGGCAAUUCGAAGAAGCGAUGCGCAACGAAUGUGGGUACAAAGGUUACCUCCCCUACUGGGACAACCCGCGCUUCAGCGAAGAUCCCACAUCCUCAGCUGUAUGGUCUGGAUCGGAGACCGGUUUCGGUAGCAACGGCGUUGACCUCCAUCUCGAGCCCAAAACGCUUGUCUUCCCUGGACUCACGAAGCCGUUCAAGCUGCCUAUGCCCGGUGGCACAGGCGGUGGUUGCGUCACUGACGGCCCGUUCAAGAACCUCACUCUUAGCCUUGGUCCGGUGGUUAAGCCAUUUGUCGACAAGAACAACACUUACGGCUACGAGCCGAACCCUCGCUGCCUAGCGCGUAACUUCGAUCCGGCUUCCAGCAAGGGAGUCCUGACAUGGGCCAACGCCACGACAAUUGUCUCUAGUCAUAGCAUUGGGCAACUGCGAGGUACCAUCGAAGGACUAUGGCACAAGAAUUCCCACACGUACAUUGGUGGCGAGGGUGCGGAUCCAUUCAGCACAACGAACGACCCUGCUUUCUACCUUCUGCACGCACAGAUUGACCGCCUCUGGGCUAUCUGGCAGGGUCAAGACCUGAAGAACCGCGAGUACACGAUCGAUGGAAAUAGAACUUUUUUGGGCAUCCCGCUCACCGAUGCGCCAGACGUGCCCGUCAGUUUGGCUACGUUGGAUGAUGAGAUGGACAUGGGCUUGGGCUUUAAGCCAAAGGCGAAGGAAGGCAUGGCGAUGACUACGGGCAACUUUUGCUUCAUUUACGAGUAAGCUGAGAUUCCAGCGCGUUUCGCGUGGAGGAUAUG